UCUCAAGGGGAGGAGGUGAUGCUCGUCGGUGACUCUGGAGUCGGCAAGACCUGCCUGCUGGUGAGGUUCAAGGAUGGAGCUUUCCUGGCAGGGACUUUCAUCUCGACAGUGGGAAUUGAUUUCCGGAAUAAAGUACUGAACGUGGAUGGCGUGAAAGUAAAGUUACAGAUCUGGGACACCGCUGGACAGGAGAGGUUUCGUAGCGUCACGCAUGCAUACUACCGGGAUGCCCACGCUUUGCUGCUGCUCUACGAUGUGACAAACAGAGCAUCCUUUGAUAACAUCCAGGCCUGGCUCACAGAAAUCAAUGAAUAUGCAAAGCAAGACGUGGUCCUUAUGUUGCUGGGAAACAAGGUGGACUCUACCCAGGAACGAGUGGUCAAACGGGAAGAUGGAGAGAAACUAGCCAAGGAAUACGGAGUGCCCUUUAUGGAGACCAGUGCCAAGAGUGGCUUGAAUGUUGACUUAGCCUUCACCGCCAUCGCCAAGGAGCUCAAGCACAGAUCCAUGAAGCUGCCCCACGAGCCCCGGUUUAAACUCCAUGACUACGUCAAGAAGGAGGUGAAAAGCACGGGCUGCUGCCGAUCGUAAGCCAAGGAGGCGCCUCUGGCCUUCAAGGUGGCAUCCCUUGUACAGAGAGGCUGGCAAGGAGCGUUUCUCACCCGGCUGCAACCACACAUGCCCCACACCACCUCCCACCCACCGCAGAAACUACCUGUCUGUUUUGUGUGUCUUGUCUAUCUGUCCAGGUGAAAUGGGGCAAGGAGAAAAAUCUGGACGCAGGAGAGGGGCGUCUGUGCUUUCCCCCACCCCCCCAGAGCAGCCACGUACGGCUAAUUUGAUUCUUGUUACUUUUAAAUUUCAUUUUAAAGCAUAAGCGGAGUUUAAAGACAAACUCAAGGCAGGCCGUUUAACUAGGACAGGGACCGAACGUCCUCCUUCAGCCUGCAAAGGGAGGGUCCUACACAAAAACUGCUGGCCAAAACAGGCCGACGUGGGCAACUUGCGCGCAUUGCCGUGGCACUUCCGUUCCCUGGCGGACCACGUGCCUUGCUCUGGGGCAGCUUGUGGGUUGCCAGUGUUGCUCUGGACUUCAACUGUAACAUCAGGGUUAAGGAGGAGCGAAACCUGGCAUUCUUUUGUGCUUGGGUUCAAAAACAAGAGCAGGGACUUAGCUGAGGCUUGUGAAAUAGACCACGGGGAGAGCUCCAGAAUAGUUUCUCCCAACAUGCAUUUUGGGGGCAGGUCAACCCAGGGGAGAAAAGAAAACAACCCAUCUGUUUUAAUCUACCACCGAGAGCCCCUUCCAGUUAACCCACAACCACAGGCACUUUGGGUCCAUUUCAAGGUUUGGUGUUGGUUUUUUUGGACUUAUUUUGGAAGGGGUGGGGAGAAAUGUGCAAUACAAAGAAAGCUGGUUUUGUAUAUCUGAAAUAACUGUAUUUUUAAAGUAACGUUUUUCUUGGCGGUCAUUUCUAUCAUUUUCCUUGGUGCAUCUUCUGCAUCCAGUCACAAGGGACAUUAGUUUUGCAAUGGUUGAUGAGGAUAUGCUGGUGUUCCCUGGGCAGGCACAUGGUGGGGAGGAGGAAAAAAAGAUCAAGGCUAAGCAGGGCCACCUUCUGCAGCAAGGGGGGGGGGAGAAUCUCUCCUCGUGCAGAUGAGCAAAACCAGUUGGGAAGAUGCUGGGUGAGCCAGGACAGUCUCCUGCUUGCUAGGGUAAGGAGGCAGUUUGUUUCUUCCUUCUACUGUGCCAAUUUUUCAGCCAGCUCUUUUCCUGUGUUCCAAGGGGAACAAGUCUGUUCUGUUCUCCGGCUCCAGUCUCUCUGUGGUUGAAGCGACAUAUUUUAGGGACCAAACAGCAAGAGGAAGGGCACCCCUGGUUCACGAAUUAUUAAGCAAAGUACUAGCUUGUUCAAGCCACGGCAUUUUGGUCUCGCCAAGGGAGCCAGGCUCCUACAAACACACCUUACGGUGCCAGCCAAUGUCAGGAGCAAGCAGUAUGUACAUAACGUGCUUUGCACCUCCCAGAGGCCGAAGCUGUAAAUAUACACAUCUAAAUGUCAAUCAUCCCAAGCUUUCUUCCUCAAAAUGUAGGUUUUUGUGCGUACAACAAAGCUGAACUUUCUGAUUUGAAGGCAAUUCCUUCCUCAAGGCUCUGUGCUGGACUUUCUUACCACUCCCAAUGAAACUUUUCUAAGUACGCCAUGCACCAGGGCCAGCCUGCAUGUUGUGUGUGCCCAGCUCUUAAGCUUCAACCAUCACCUGUACGCCCACCAAGGGAAACUGGUUGCUUGUCGGAUGCGAUUCAGGUUGAGUUUUGUAUUGGACCAGGGCUCCCCUUCACCUAUAAUUUGACUCCUGCCGCUCCCAUUUCAGUACAAAAGUAUGGAUACCCUGCCAGGAGGGGUCCGGUCUGUUAUUUUUUUCCCUACAUGGGCCUUUGCUACUCUCACCCAAUGACCCAGCCCUCUCCAGUCCCUAAGCAUCUUGAAAGAGGAGUGUUAUUUAUGUAGUACAAAAUUCCUGGCUCUGUUUAUAGCAUUUUUGGGUUUCCUCUUAAUAAAAGAUUUUUUAAUGACA